UCGUUUAUCGUCUAAUGUCUGCUAGACGUUACUAUUUCGGAGCAGAGAAACGUUACAAUACCUCCGGAGAAGACAAGGUUUGUCAAGAUGAUGGGCCUGUGUACCCUCGCGACGGCAACAACAACAAUGACAAUGACGAUACGAACAAUGAGCCAGAGCCGGACGCCGACAAGGACGACGACUCUGAGUUUUUGCAAGAUGUGCCAUACUCGUCCAGCAGCAUCGACCGUAGCUCAAUUGGCUCCAUACCCUGGGCAGAUGAUGCCAUCAAAAAGAACAAACUGGAUUGGGAGCGCGUUGACCGCAUGAUAAGCGGCGAAGAAGCGCUAUCGGAGCUGGAGCCAGAACUGCGGCACGAAAUAGCUGACUGGCAACGCAAAUUCCCCAGUUUAUUAGCCCGCAAAGCGAAGCCACUCAAACCGCAAAGUUUUGACAGCAGUCGUAACACAACAGGUCGGAACGAAGUGCCAGACGAAUCUGGGGACAUCGACUCAAUAUCAGAUCUUAGUCUAAACUCUCUAGAUGAUUAUGACGAAGGGGAUGAGGAUGAGGACGACGAUGGCUUUCUCACCCCGACAGUCGCGCGUCAACGCGACCACGAGCAGCUAAUACCAUCAGAUCGAAAUUAUAUGCGUCCUGCCAAAAACCUUGUGGCUAUACUAGACAGAGAUCUACACAUUACGUCGGUUGCGCUCAAGCUGCGUAGGCGUGAGCACACCCAGCAACCGCAAGCACCAAUCACGCCGCAGUCGGCUACAGUGCCACACUCUCGUCUGCGAAUGCCACCUAUUCUCAACGUACUGGACUCCAAUCGACGCUUUCGCGGACUCCUCAACAACCGUAGCUUUGUGCAGCUAACGCAGGUGCAGCAGCAACCCAAAUCAGCGGCAUUGACGUAUGCCAGCAGCGCGGAGAGACGGCAGCAGGCAGGCGUUAGAUCGGCCUGGAACAUGCCCAUGGCUGCCAGCAGAUUCCUAAACAACAAGCAUGCAAUUGUGUUACCUUCACUGAACCGUCACAGAGACUUCAGCACGACUGCCACCACAUCUAGUCAAAGCAUUUCCAGUGGGAGUGGCGCGCACAUCAACAAUAUAGUCACUCUUGGCGCAAGUCCUCACGGGAAGGGGAGAGAUUACAAUGUCCAGCAUUCGCAUCAGAAUGGCCUGCCGCUAGACCAAGUCACAACAAAUUCAACUACCCCUUCAACGGGCCGUUCUAUCUCAGCAGCAAUUCAUCAUCCACGGUCGCAGUUUGCCACCAGUAGUGCCUUCUACAUACCGUACAGUGCCUCAAAAUUUAAAGCGUUUAAGUAGCCAAAAUCUCGUUGUAUACAACUAGCAAUAAAUUUUGAAAGCGAUGAACAAGUGCUUUUUUUGAAA